UCUUCUUCCAAUUCGAUGUAGCGUCUGAUUUUCACAAGCUUCAGGUCGUCAUUCUUCUCAAUUUGUAGCCACUGAACUUCAUCGUCUUCCUCUUCUGCGUAAUCUCAAAUCCUCUCUCCGCAAGAUAUAAUCUAUAUCUAUGACAACGGCUUUCCUUCGUCCGCCAUCUCUCACUAGUUGGCCGGCGUCUCCCUUUCCCCAAUACAGCUCUCUCUCUCUCACUCUCACCCCUUCCCCUUCCUCUCCGGGAAGAAGACGUGUUCCAAUUCGAAAAUGCUGCAGUCGUGCUUCAUCCGCCUCUUUAUCGCCCCUCUGUAAAGCUGGUUCUUUGAGGCGGGAUGUGGUUUUACUUGGUUGUUGUUCGGCUAUGACUGUCAUCUUUCCAAUUUCUAGUUUGCAUGCUGGCACUAAGUUGGAUGAAGAUGUUAGAAUGGCUUUACUUGUUGAUGACAUAAAUGCAUAUUCCUUUCUGUAUCCUGUUGAAUUACCGGCAAAGAAGUUUUCCUUCAAAUGGGUGGAGUCAAGGAAACCCGAACGAUAUUCAUCUGCUGCUCCUUUAUCUCCUGAUGCACGGCAGCGCAUUGUAUCUGAGCGUGUUGACAUGAUCAAUAACCUUGUCAUCUCUGUUUCGAUUGGUCCUCCUAAUUUGCGCUACCUGGUUUCAAUUGACAAGAAUUCAUGGAAAGCAAGGGAUAUAGCAGAUUCCGUUUUGUCUGACAAAUCUGCAUUGCCUGUCUCAACAAGCCAGAGAAUGAUUGAGAGUUCUGUCCUUGAUGCCCAUGCUAGUGAGGCGGAUGGAGAUGUGUAUUGGUACUAUGAAUAUCUGGUUCGGAAAUCUCCUACAAAAUCUGCGCAAGAAUCCAAUCUCUACAGACACAAUGUGGCUUCAACUGCUGAACGAGAUGGAUACUUAUAUUCCUUGAAUGCUUCUACACUCAGUAAGAAGUGGGAAUCUUUGGGACCUUUCCUGCAGAAAACAGUUGCUUCUUUCCGCCUUCUCCCACCCACUGAAAACUAUGUGCCUCCGUACAAAGAUCCCUGGAGAUUUUGGUGACUCAAUCAAGCUUUUAUUU